GAUGAUGGGCCCGGUCGCCGAAUGAAAAGUGAGAUUCUUGUGAACAUUUUGUUUUAUGUAUAACUUUUACAAUGUACUGAAGAAUGCAAUCUCCCAUGGUAACUUUUGAGAGGAAAUUAUCACUAACAGAAGAAACUACUCCCUGUCUAUUCCUGUGUCGAAUUUAAAGAGGGGCAGAGCUAUAGGAUAUUAUUCCUACUAGAGCUUCAGCUAUACUAUUUCAUUUCAAGUUUUUUCCUUGAUAGUUAUAUAUUUUGAAACACAAUGUAUUUUAUUCUCUCUCUAACUCUAUUAUUCUUGUUACCUUGAUCCAUUCUGAGCAAAGACCAUAAUUUCCUGUUACAAAACUAUAAAAUGAAAGAAGACACAUUAACUCUAGGAAAUAGAUCUAGCUGUUGCUUUUUCAAAUACUCUUUCAUAUUUCCAAAUGUAGAAGAGUUAAUAUUUAUAUAAAAUAAAUCAUCACAAAUUUUCAUUGUGUGCAAUGAAACUCAUUUAAUGCAAAAUUCCUUUUUAUCUCAAGAUGGUUGAAACUAAAGCUGUGAAAAAUCCUGAAAGAAAUGCAUUUUUAUAAAAUGAUUAUUUUUGGAGAAAUUUACAAUAAUCGUAGAUAUGCCUCCCUUGACUUGGAAAAUUCCAUCCUGCAUAAAGUAUCUUUUUGACAAGGUUUAUUUCAAAUAUUUUCUGCUGAAAAUUUGUCUCAUUUCAUUAUUUUACAAUGAUUUUGCUGAUCGAUACUAUGUUGGAGACACUUGUAUGGAACCAAUGUUUUGGUUUGUGGAUCAUUUCACUAAAAUUUUGGGACCUAUUUGUGUUGCUGCUGUCAUUAUUCUGACUUCUUCUAUAAUAAUUAUUGCAUAUGCAGUUGGACUACCAUUUUAUUUGAAACAAGACACAUAUAUUUUAACAUUAGCAUUAGUCGUUGGACACUGGAUUCUACUGAAUGUGGUGUUUUAUUAUUAUAUGGCUUUUGUUACUGGACCUGGAUUUCCACCUCAAGGUGCUAUGAUUACUGAAGCUGUUUCUAUCUGUAAAAGAUGCAUUGCUCCAAAGCCCCCUAGAACCCAUCACUGCAUUGUUUGUAAUCGCUGCAUACUAAAAAUGGAUCACCACUGCCCAUGGUUAAAUAAUUGUGUUGGACAUUUUAAUCAUAGAUACUUUUUUAUGUUUGGGGCAUAUUCUUGGAUUGGAAUCGUAUUUAUAAUGAUAUUUGGUGCACCAAUUGCAUAUGAACAUUUCUUUGGAAACUUUGAGCAGAUUGGAUUUUCGCCAUUGUUGGUUAACUUUGUGAAAGAAUUGGCAAAGAAAAUUAUCUUCAAAACACACCUUUUGCAGUUGGACCAGACCCAUGCACAUAAUAUAUCAACAAAUGCUACGGAUUUGAACUCCAAAUUUCCUCAAACGUUAUAUCAUAGCUGCAUUGUUUAUGCUGCUCUCUUGGCUAUUGCUGUGUUUUUUGUUCUUGGAGGACUACUGGCUUGGCAUGCUCGCCUCAUUUCCAAUGGUGAAACUAGCAUUGAAAGCCAUAUCAAUAAAAAAGAGCGUGAAAGGUACUCAAAAGCAGGUCUGGUUUAUAGAAAUCCUUAUAACUUUGGCGCCAUGAAAAAUUGGAAAAUAUUUUUGAGCAUUCCUUAUCACAGAUCAUGGUGGCGAAUUAUACUUCCAUAUUGUGAUGAACCCUACGGAGAUGGUGUACAGUGGAAUUUCUUAAGUGAAUUGGACUAUGUUGGUAAUGGAAAAGAAAUCUCAAAGACUUGUUUUGUGAAAAUUUCAUAAAAAAUGUGUUGUUAUAUGCAUCAAUUUCAUUACAUAUUUAUCUUUACAAUGUUCCAAACAUGCCAAAAAAAAGUCACCAAUCUUGUGCAUUUAAGUGAUAUCAUUCAUUGAAAUGUUCUGUGUGUGUGCAUCCUUUUAUUGCAUUUCACUUGGUUUUCCAGCUUACAAUCAGAGGUGAGAGUUUGCCGUCUUUUGACAGACUUCCGUUUUUUAAGAAAAACUUUGAAACUUAGUGAAACAAAACAAAAUAAAAGUUGAAAUAUAAUAACUAAUCAGUAAAUGAGUAAAGUCUGGAGAAAUUCCAAACAAAUUAGCUACUUUAUUUAAUUCGUAUUAUAUACUCAUAUUAAGGAGAAAAAGACGGCUCAUUACCUAAUGAUGAAAAUACAGGGUGACGAGAAAUUACUUGGACACACAUAAUACAGAAUAACUUGAAUACUAAUGAAAAGCAUUAAAGUUAACAACCAAACUUCAAAAUGAAUAUGAAUACAUUUUUUCGUCUAAUAUAUUUAUAAAUUUUCA